CAACUGCAAGACCGACGCGCUCUUGCGUGCAUAAAAAGAAACCGCUGUUUGGUGCGCAUAGUGUGCACAUGGAGCCUAAAUGAGAUGCUACGCAACUACCUUGACCAGGGUUACAGAGUGAACAAAUCAUCUCCUGGCGAUCUCGAUCACGCUUCGCUCAUGAACCCCCCUCUCCCAUACCAGCAAAUGGAGGUAACUGGCUUGACAAUACCUGCCGGGCAUGAUCAAAAUCAAGUUGCAGGAGAAAGGGCAGCUCCUGCCUCGAAGAUCAUGCAAAGAUUUGAAUUUGCAGACACCGAACACAGUCGAGAAACAAGAUUACUAUAGUAUACAUCUCAAUGUGGAGACUGAAUUGUUCUAAAGG